CGCAGUGCUGAGAUAGCAGUGCUCAUCAUCUCUGAUUGACCGAAUCGGACCGUCGGCCCGGUUUUGUUUAGACUAGCUGACACCUGCUCCUGUGCAGGUCCAGGCCGACAAUGACGGCCUGAGAGCGCUGCAGUUCGGUCAAGAGAUGAAACAGCAGCUCAGUUUCGAACAACAGCAACGGCACCAGAAGCAGACAGAAAGCACUAAAACCAAGAGCAUGUUUCUGUCUCGGGCGCUGGAAAAAAUCCUGUCGGACAAGGAGGUGAAAAGGAGCCAGCACAAUCAGCUUCGGAAAGCAUGUCAAGUAGCUCUUGAUGAAAUAAAGCUCGAGCUUGAAAAACAAAAAGAUGGCACUGUGGUCCCUCCCCGAGCCAACUACAUUGAGGCAGACAAGUAUGUGUUGCCUUUUGAGCUGGCGUGUCAAUCCAAGUCUCCACGGAUUGUCAGCACCUCCCUGGACUGCUUACAGAAACUCCUAGCUUAUGGCCACAUCACUGGUAAUGCCCCGGAUAGCAGCGCUCCUGGGAAGCGACUGAUCGAUCGGCUGGUGGAGACCAUCUGUAACUGCUUCCAGGGCCCACAGACGGAUGAGGGUGUGCAGCUCCAAAUCAUCAAGGCUCUUCUUACGGCAGUGACCUCACCUCACAUUGAGAUCCAUGAGGGUACCAUUCUGCUCACCGUGCGCACCUGUUAUAACAUCUACCUGGCCAGCCGUAACCUGAUCAACCAGACCACAGCCAAGGCCACGCUCACCCAGAUGCUCAAUGUCAUCUUCACUCGAAUGGAAAACCAGGCAGCUCUGGAGGCCCAGGAGGCGGAGAAGGAGCGCUCCCGGCUGCACCCCCCCAACCCCUCACCCGUCCCCAGCCGAGGCUCCGGAUCGCCCCGGCAGACCCACUCCUCCUCGGAGCACAACGGCCAGCCCUCCCCUUCCCCCAGCUCCGCCGAGCUCCCCGCCACACCCACCCCACCGCAGGACACACCCUCGCUCAACGGCCAACCAGAAGAGGCCGAGGCCCCGGAGCAGGAGGUGGACGGAGGUGUGUCCACGGCAGAACAGGACCGAGAAGAUGCUCCAUCCUCAGAGUCGGAAGAACCGGCCGCGCCUGCUGCGCAGCCUGCUCCUGAGGGCGAGGGUGAUGGAGGUGGAGGUGGAGGAGAAGGAGCAGGAGCAGGAGGAGGAGGAGAGCUCCAGGAACACCCAGCGCCAGAGCCUCCCCAGGGUCCAGCAGGGGAGGCCCAGGGAGCGGAGCAGGACCAGGAGCCAGCCGGAGGCCCCACGGAUCACCCCUCCGAUGGAGGGGUGGAGCAGCAGGUGGAACCCGAGCCGGCGCCAGAACCAGAGCCAGAAUCAGAACCAGAACCAGAACCAGAACCCAAGCCGGCCGACACGGCGCCCCCUCCUGGUCGGCUGGACAGCCAACAGAUGAACGGCGUCUUGGAUGACCGCACCUCUGUCUGCUCCACUGACAUCAUGGAUGCCGAGGCUUUGCAGGGCACACAGUCUGCCGCCCGCUUCUCCCACAUCCUGCAGAAAGACGCCUUCCUGGUUUUCCGCUCCCUCUGCAAGCUGUCCAUGAAGCCCUUGGCUGACGGCCCUCCGGACCCAAAGUCCCAUGAGCUGCGCUCUAAGGUGGUGUCCCUGCAGCUGCUGCUGUCGGUCCUGCAGGGCGCCGGCCCCGUGUUCCGCACGCACGAGAUGUUCGUCAACGCCAUCAAGCAGUACCUGUGCGUGGCGCUCUCCAAGAACGGCGUGUCCUCCGUGCCCGAGGUCUUCGAGCUCUCGCUGGCCAUCUUCCUCACCCUGCUCUCCCACUUCAAAGUCCACCUCAAGAUGCAGAUCGAGGUGUUCUUCAGAGAGAUUUUUCUGACAAUCUUGGAAACCUCAAGCAGCUCCUUUGAGCACAAGUGGAUGGUCAUCCAGACCCUCACUCGCAUCUGUGCCGAUGCCCAGUGUGUGGUGGACAUUUAUGUGAACUACGACUGUGACCUGAAUGCAGCCAACAUCUUUGAGCGGCUGGUGAACGACCUGUCCAAGAUUGCCAUGGGCAGGAGUGGGCAGGAACUGGGCAUGACCCCACUUCAGGAACUGAGCUUGCGUAAGAAGGGGCUGGAGUGCCUGGUGUCCAUCCUCAAGUGCAUGGUGGAGUGGAGCAAAGACCUGUAUGUCAACCCCAACCUUCAGACUAAUCUAGGUCAGGAGCGCUCCUCAGAUGUUGAGGGUGGGGAGGUGAAGCUUCCAGAGCCGCUGGCGGGCCGCAGGGACAGCAUCAGCUCCCUGGACUCCACGGUGUCCUCGAGUGUGCAGUCCUCCCAGCCGGACCACCCCGAGCAGUACGAGGUCAUCAAGCAGCAGAAAGAGAUCAUCGAGCACGGCAUUGACCUCUUCAAUAAGAAGCCUAAGAGAGGGGUCCAGUACCUGCAAGAGCAAGGAAUGCUGGGAACUUCCCCAGAAGACAUUGCCCAGUUUCUCCACCAAGAGGACCGGUUAGACACGACUCAAGUGGGAGAGUACCUGGGGGAGAACGUGCGCUUCAACAAGGAGGUGAUGUACUGCUACGUGGACCAGCUGGACUUCUGCGGCAAGGACUUUGUGUCCGCUCUCAGGGCCUUCCUGGAGGGCUUCAGGCUCCCCGGCGAGGCCCAGAAAAUCGACCGACUCAUGGAGAAGUUUGCUGCGCGAUACUUAGAGUGCAAUCAGGGGCAGACGCUGUUUGCCAGUGCUGACACAGCGUACGUGCUCGCCUACUCCAUCAUCAUGCUCACCACUGACCUCCACAGCCCGCAGGUGAAAAAUAAAAUGACCAAAGAGCAGUAUAUCAAAAUGAACCGGGGGAUCAACGACAGCAAGGAUCUGCCGGAGGAGUACCUGUCCUCCAUCUAUGACGAGAUCGCGGGGAAGAAGAUCGCCAUGAAGGAGAGCAAAGAGUACUCAAUCACACCCAAGUCCAGCAAACCAAAUGUAGCCAAUGAGAAGCAGAGGCGGCUGCUGUACAACAUGGAGAUGGAGCAGAUGGCCAAGACGGCCAAGGCCCUGAUGGAGGCGGUGAGCCACGCCCAGGCCCCCUUCUUCAGCGCCACGCACCUGGAGCACGUCCGGCCCAUGUUCAAGCUGGCCUGGACUCCUCUGCUGGCUGCGUUCAGUGUUGGCCUGCAGGACUGUGAUGACCAGGAGGUGGCGUGCUUGUGCCUAGAGGGAAUCCGCUGCGCCAUCAGGAUUGCCUGCAUCUUCAACAUGCAGCUGGAGCGGGACGCCUACAUCCAGGCCCUGGCGCGCUUCACCCUGCUCACCGCCAGCUCCAGCAUCACGGAGAUGAAGCAGAAGAACAUCGACACCAUCAAGACGCUCAUCACUGUGGCGCACACCGACGGAAACCACCUGGGCAACUCCUGGCACGAGAUCCUGCGCUGCAUUAGUCAGCUGGAGCUGGCCCAGCUCAUCGGCACGGGGGUGAAGACGCGCUACAUCUCCGGCGUGGUGCGCGAGCGGGAUGGCAGCCUCAAGGGCUUCCCCACCGGGAGUGAGGAGUUCAUGGCGCUAGGCCUGGGAACUCUGGUGGGAGGUCAAGAUCGGCGUCAGAUGGCCCACCUCCAGGAGUCCGUUGGAGAAACCAGCUCUCAGAGUGUAGUGGUAGCUGUGGACCGGAUCUUCACUGGGUCGACAAGGCUGGAUGGAAAUGCGGUUGUUGACUUUGUGCGAUGGCUGUGCGCCGUCUCCAUGGACGAGCUGGCCUCCGCUCACCAGCCGCGCAUGUUCAGCCUGCAGAAGAUCGUGGAGAUCUCCUACUACAACAUGAACCGCAUCAGGCUGCAGUGGUCCCGCAUAUGGCAGGUCAUUGGGGACCACUUCAACAAGGUUGGCUGUAAUCCCAAUGAGGACGUGGCCAUCUUUGCUGUGGAUUCCCUCAGGCAGCUCUCCAUGAAGUUCCUCGAAAAAGGAGAACUUGCUAACUUCCGUUUCCAAAAGGAUUUCCUCCGGCCAUUCGAACACAUCAUGAAGAAGAACAGGUCUCCCACUAUAAGAGACAUGGUGAUCCGCUGCGUGGCACAGAUGGUGAACUCUCAGGCCGCCAACAUCCGAUCUGGCUGGAAGAACAUCUUCUCCGUGUUCCAUCAGGCUGCCUCCGACCACGACGAAACCAUCGUGGAGCUCGCCUUCCAGACCACCGGACACAUCGUCACAAACACCUUCCAGCAGCACUUUGCUGCGGCCAUCGACUCUUUCCAGGAUGCGGUGAAGUGUCUGUCGGAGUUUGUGUGCAACGCGGCAUUUCCGGACACCAGCAUGGAGGCCAUUCGCCUCAUCCGCCACUGCGCCAAAUACGUGUCAGACCGACCACAGGCUCUGAGGGAGUACACCAGCGAUGACAUGAACGUUGCCCCCGGUGACCGGGUGUGGGUGCGGGGCUGGUUUCCCAUCCUGUUUGAGCUCUCCUGCAUCAUCAACCGCUGCAAACUGGAUGUGCGGACGAGGGGUCUGACGGUUAUGUUUGAGAUAAUGAAAAGCUACGGUAUCACCUUUGAGAAGCACUGGUGGCACGAUCUCUUCCGCAUCAUCUUCCGUAUCUUUGACAAUAUGAAGCUUCCGGAACAACAAACUGAGAAGACUGAGUGGAUGACCACUACCUGCAACCAUGCCCUGUACGCCAUCUGUGACGUGUUCACACAGUUCUACGAGCCGCUCAGUGAGAUUUUGCUCGAGGAUCUCUUCACGCAGCUACAGUGGUGUGUCAAGCAAGAUAAUGAACAGCUGGCUCGGUCAGGGACUAACUGCCUGGAGAACCUGGUGAUCCUGAAUGGGGAGAAGUUUAGUCCGGAGGUGUGGAACACCACCUGUACCUGCAUGCUGGAGAUCUUCCAGACCACCUGCCCCCAUGCCUUGUUGACAUGGAGACCUGCGGGCCAGGAAGAGGAGGUGGGAGAGGGGAAACACAUGGAUGUGGACGUAGACACCCUGUCCCAGUGCAGCUUUGAAAGGACACUCUCCGACCGUGGAAUGAGUCAGAUGUCCACCGCCAGUGAUGAGACCUGGAAGGGCAAGUCUCACACCAGGGUGUCCGACCAGAAGCUCUUUGCUGGUCUCCUCAUCAAGUGUGUGGUGCAGCUGGAGUUGAUUCAGACCAUCGACAACAUCGUCUUCUACCCAACCACUAGCAAGAAAGAGGAUGCUGAGAACAUGGCGGCGGCACAGAGGGAUGUGCUUGAGGAGUCCGAAGAGCUGUUGGCGGAGGCAGAUCAGGGCAUGUACAAGCACAUGGCCUCACAGCAUCUGUUCAAACUCCUCGACUGCCUGCUGGAGUCGCACACCUUCGCCCGAGACUUCAACUCCAACAACGAGCAGAGGACGGCACUCUGGAGGGCAGGAUUUAAGGGCAAGUCGAAGCCCAACCUGCUGAAGCAGGAGACCAGCAGUCUGGCCUGCUGCCUACGGAUCCUCUUCCGUAUGUACUCCGACCAGAAGCUAAAAGAUUCCUGGCCAGACAUCCAGACCCGCUUAUUGCUUGUCGGCAGUGAAGCCCUAGGCUACUUCAUUAGCCUGACCUCAGAGAGUCACAGAGAGGCCUGGACCAGCUUGCUGCUUCUGAUGCUCACUAGGACACUCCGACUACCUGACGAUAAGUUCAAACCGCACGCGUCCUGUUACUACCCCCACCUGUGUGAGAUGAUGCAGUUUGAUCUGAUUCCCGAGCUACGUGCCGUGCUGCGCCGCUUCUUCCUCCGCAUCGGCUCCGUCUUCCACAUCGCCGCCCCAGAGGCCUGCUCCACCACCCUGCAGCCUGCACCCUGAGCCCAGCACCGCAGGAGGCUGGGUCAGAAGGACCCAGAUGGAAACUCUCAGAUGGGGCAGUGGUGGGGACCCAGGGUUGAAUUUCCAAGGGUGUGCGCGUGUGUGUGCAUGCGUGUGCCUGUGCGCGUUUUGUGUGUGUGCGCGCGCCUGUGUGUGUGUGUCAGUGAGUGUGUGUCAGUGAGUGUGUGUCAUUGAGUGUGUGUCAUUGAGUGUGUGUCAGUGUGUGUGUGUCAGUGUGUGUGUGUCAGUGUGUGUGUGUCAGUGAGUGUGUGUCAGUGAGUGUGAAAGAGAAAGAAAGGGACAUAGCAAGCACAACCCCUGCCCUCUCCCAGGUUUGAGUAAAAAGACUAUGCAUGGGUCCUGGGAAGAGAUUGUUGACUCCGGGCUUUUGGAGGUUUUUUUUUUUUUCCUUCUUCUUUCGGGGGGAAAGUGGAGGCUACUCUAAAAGCCGUCAUUGGCAUCCGGGCCCUCUGACCCUCUAAUGUUGUGGGAGAGGAGAGGAGAGGAGCACUGUGACACUGCGACACUGCAGAGCUCUGCUCUCUACUCUUUGUUGGCUGUGCACAUAAUCCUGUGUCGAGAUGUUCCUGAAAGACAGAGAAAUGUUAUAACAAUAAUAAUUUAUUACAGUCAUGUAUCCUGGGUUUUUUGUUUGUUUGUUGUUUUUUCUGUUUGUUCUUUUGUUUGUUUAUGUGUAUAUAUUUUCCGUCAAUGAUUGUUUCUAUGCUUUUAAGACUGAGCAAACAAGGAAAUCAAAUAGUGGUGGGAAAAGCAACUACAAAAUACCAUAUCAUCUUGUUGGUUUGUUAAACAAGCUGUGUGCCUGGAAUUGAUAUCAACAAAUGUUAGAACAAAAUGGCUCCCUUUGGGCUGAUCAAUAUGAAAUGGUUUAAUAGAUGGUCUUCAUCAUCACUGACUGUAUAAUUCUCUUGUUUAGUAUCCAGAGGAGGCUUAGAAUUACCCCACCCCCUGAAUCAGUAAACAUCUACAUUUGUCAGACAAAGUAAGGAAGCUAUGACUGCUAAACAUCUUCUUAACUCUCACUAGUCAGACAAAUUCUCUCUCUCUCACACACACACACACACACACACACACACACACACACACACACACACACACACACACACACAGCUGGUGAGAGCUGACACAUUUGCAGACUUCAAAUCCUCAUGAUUUCUUAUUUCUUCAAUUUAUUUUUAUUUUAUUUUUAUUUCAUGUUUUAAUUCUGCUCUUUACAUUCCUCCUCUCCUUGAUUUCAACAUUAUAGACAUACGAGGAUGUUUUAAACCAUUAUGGCAUUUCUAAAGUUGCCUCAGAAUGGAAUUAAUUUCAGAGAGUGAAGUUCACUUUGAUUGAAUUAUCAGGUCAUGGCACCUAUGAAGACUUUUGUACUUUACAAAUUGUUUCUAUUUAUGCCUUUUGUUAUUCCUCCUAUGAUGAUUGUGCUGCAAUGGCUGAAUGAAAAGGAAUGCCAACAAACUCGCCUGUUGUUAUGCCCAAUGGUGAACAAGAAGGACUAUAAAGUGCUUGUUCACUGUAUGCAGUAAAUAUCAAUUACAAGUGAAACCUGAAACCAUCAGUAUUGAGCCUUCAUGUUAUCCUGUACAAUGUAAGCCCCUGAUGUGUUUUUUUUUAAGAGGAUGUAUUUAAUUCUUUGAAGUGCAUUUAAAUAUUUUCUGAGAAGCAUUCCUUCCCUUAAAAAGUAUGGAUGUCUACUUUUCCUUCCCUGGUCAAGGGGAAUAUAAAUAUAUAUAUAAAUAUAUAUAUAGUAUAUGAAGAAAUACAAACUGUAAAGUUUUCAUGUAAUAUAGAAAAAAAAUAAAUGCGAUACUAUACAUAUUGUGACGUAAUCUUCCAAGCAUUUGGUGAAGUAACCAAUAAAGUUUCAACUCUGAUCCAA